AUGGGUGAUUCUAGGAACAAGUGCGGCAGGAAACUUCGGAUGACAGAGGACAUUAUGAAUGAUCACCUACCGCACGAAGAGAUUGGGACCAAGUGGAAACACCUAGCACGACAACUUAAGUUCCAACAAGCUGCCAUUGACACGAUCGAGAGUGACAGAGGCGCUUCUACUAACGAAUGCUGCAUCGCGGUCAUUGUAAGGUGGAUUAAUGAGAGAGGAGAAGAUGCUACUGUCGAAAAGUUUGAUGAAGUUCUAAGAAGGAUAGGACUGAGGAACGUAGCUGAAAAACUUCAGGAGUCCUUGUCUUCACCGGAGAAGGAAGAACCAGGAGCAAACUCCCCUAAUCAAAUAGAAAAUAGAAUGAAUGAGAUGGAGAAAAACUGGGGACUUUUGAAAAAAGAGGUACGAANUAUGCUCCUCUAA